GGGUGUCACUGGAGGUAGUAACAAGAGAAGGAGUGGAGGUGGUGGGUUGAGUAAUGUCGACAGUCUCAGUGUGAGCUGGUGUUCCACUACUACUGGUCUCUCCAUUGCUCUCUAUGUCAUACACUCUCACUGUGUACACCCCUGACUCCAGGUCCUCUGCCUUCCCCUCUGCACUGAGGGAGAGCCCCUCCUCGUUAGCACCAGACUCUCUCAUCACUGACAACAUCAUGACUGAGGUGUCGUCCUGGGAGACGAUGUGUACGGAGCAGCCCAGUGCUGGAGACCCGACUGCAAACUGGCAGUUGGCAAUGAUGGAGGUGGGAGUAAAGUCUAUCUCCACC